AUGUCUGCAAUUUUGCCAAUACAAGAUCAACUUCUCCGCUGUUGUCGAGAUCCUAUAGAUCCGAAUACUGACGAAUUAUAUGAAUUAAAUAAUGUUUUAAAAAGAAUUAAUCGAGAUAAUAAAAGAUAUUUAAUUGAUUGUGAAGAUGCCACUAAUCGAGCACCCUUAUUUCAUGCAAUUGAAAGUGGUAAAUCAUUAAACUUUCUUAAACAAUUACUUGAAUUUCAAGCUCGUGUUACAAGUCGAAUAUUAAUCUGUGCUAUUCGAUAUGGUAAUUUAGAUAUAUUAAAAUUAUUUCAUGAAUAUGGUGCUGAUUUUCGACAAUCUUAUCAUACUUUAUCACUGUUACAUGAAUGUAUACUGUUACAUAAAAAUAAUUUAAUUAGUUUUUUAAUUGAACAAGGAAAUGUCGAUCCAAAUAGUGUUAAUCACGAUCAUGAAACUCCAUUAUUAUACGCAAUAUUUCGUACAAAUAUCGAAGCAAUACAUAUUCUUCUACGUUAUUCAGCGACUGAUCCAUGUUUAAUAAGUACACUUAAGAAAAAAGUAACUAGCUUUCAUAUUGCUUGUGAGAUGGGUAUUGAUGAAGUACUUCCAACGAUGCUAAAAGAUAUUUCAAUUACAAAUAUAAAUAAAUUAUCUAGUAGUGAUCAAACACCAUUUGAUCUAUUUUUAUCUUGUUAUUUAUUUACAAAACAUAAUUUAUAUAUGAAUGAAGAAUCAUUAAAAAAUUUCUCAGUAUUAUUCGAUUUAUUUAUUUCUUAUGGUGCUAAAUUACAUCAUUUAACAAAAGCAUAUCGACGUACACGUGCACCAUAUGUUACAAAAAUCUUAACAAUAAUUCUUAAAAAAAAUAUUGUCUUUUCCGAUAUUAUUCUUCAAACGGGUCGUUCAACGAUUAUUAGUUAUUUACAAUCACUUAUUUGUGAAUCAUUAGGUGAUUGGCCUUAUGUUGUUGAAUCAAAUGAUGAUAUAACAGUAAAACAACGUCAAUUAAUACUUCGACAACUUUAUGAAUUAUUUAUGUUUGCUUAUUUUAAAUCAAGAAAUCGUCAAGAAAUUAAUAAAAAAUUAUUGACAAGAUGCUGUUCAGCUAAUGAAAAAAGUUCGAAAAUUAAACAAAUUUUAUGGUUAUUUAUUCAAAAUUUUAUUGAAUCAAAAAAAGAAGUUGGUCUUUUAAAAUCAAUAUGUCGAACAAAUAUUCUUUUGAAUAUUGAUUCGAUUGAUAAACAUUGUACAUAUACAAAUUUGGGUGUGAACAAAAAUCUUGAACCAUACCUUUUAUUUUUUACUAAGAUUUAA